UUCCUAUGUUGCGUGCCUCUUGUUGCCAGAGAAUGAUAUGCUGCGUCUCGGGCAAGCUGCAUCUCUCGACUGAACGAAUGAGGCAGGUGCUCUGCAGCCCAAGGAAGUAUCUGCCCACUCGCCGCAGUCAUGUAGUCCUAAGGGUAUUGAGUAUCGCGGAAAAGGCUCCAAAUCCCUGUUCAACUCGACCAUGAGAUGUAGAUGGCAUUCAUAAGGGCUACCUUCAAGAAAAUCGCGGAGAAAUUGUACGAGAGUUAAUACGAAAACAUCACCUGCCCGCCUGGCACCUGACCUAACAUCAACUGCUGUACCGCACCAGUUCAGCCGAAGCCUGUCUUCGAAGUCGCCCGACCAGCAAGCAAAAUAUUACCGCCUGGCUGCUGGAGCACGAAUGAACAACAAGCUUGGCUCAAAAUCCUUCAUUCGAUCGCGGCAUCUGCCUACUGCACAAGCGCAACCACGAUAUGGACAUUCAAAUACAGAUUUCGGGCGCAAAAUCAGCAUAUUGAAAUACUUCUGCCAGCAACUCUUCACAACCAUGGCCAGCACUCAAGAACCUUCCGGCAACAAGAACUAUACCCCGUCCGUCCUCAGCCAAGACACUCUCAUCGCCUCCGACACCAACUCUCUCCACCCACUCAUCCGCCACGCGGAAGAAUCCACCCAACAACCCCUCCACGGCACCGAGCCCCAGCCUGCUCGUUCCGAUAACUACCACUACGUCUCCACACGCGUGGUGAAGGAAAUACCAAAGGCCAAGACGCCUGCCGAAACAACAAGCGCCUUGAGCAAGUUUAAGAGGAUGCUGAAGCCUCCUGUUGUGAAGGCGGUUGAGGCUCUGCCAAAUCAUGAGGGGAAGUCGUAUCAUGUUGACGAGGAAGGGCGGAUUAUUGAGACUACUGUUCGGAGAGCAGGUACAUCGCGGAACGUCUUUGCUAACGGCGAUGGUGGCGGCAGCGCCGGAUCUUGAAGGGACUUGCGACAGCGGACGAGACAUAAUUUCACACAUAUACUGAGAGAUCUGGACAAUGACGAAGU